UGGUUAUAUGUUUUCAUCCUAUCGAAAGAAAUUGUUUGAUUAAAAACUUGCUGAGUAGCAAUAAAAUCUCCAUUAAUAGAAAGAAAUGAAAAUAAGAUAAAGUAGAGGUUAAAUUGAUCAAAGAGCACUUGCUACUUAUCUAGGAGCCUAUAUUCAAAUGAAAUGUAUAAGAUUUUAUGCAUUUUUAAGAAAUUGAAGAUUUCUUUUAUGAACAAUGUAUCAAUUAAUGUAUUGAUAUCUAAAAUGAAUGGAUGAAUGAUAAAGAAAGAUAAUGUUUGACUGAUUGCAAUAGUAAAAUAACUAAAUUUGUUAAAAUUGCCAAAGAAAACUAUGCAAAUAUUGACGAUGAUACCAAAAAGGUUGUUUCUUCUGUUUCCUCAUUGUUAAGUAGAAGAUGAUUAAUUAUAAAUUUAAUAUAUUAUAUACCAUCUAAGAG